AGAGGCAAAAUGGCGGACGAAGUGCACAUAGACGAGAAAGUAAAAAGAUACGAAGAAUUUUUGAAUGAAAGACUGAGAAAGGAUUUAGAAACUGUACUUAAAACGCAAGGACAGGUAAACUCCAAGAUCGCAGAAUAUUUGCAGCUAAAAAGUGUCAUAGAAAACAUUAAAAACCGCGAUGGAGGUUCCGGGAAAGCGCUGAAGACACAAGUAGAUCUCGGAUGUAACUUUUAUUGCCAAGCGCAGAUUACAGAUCCGUCAAAAAUUUUAGUCUCAGUAGGCUAUGGAUUUUAUGUGGAAUUCACUUUGGAUGAGGCUCAAGAAUUUAUUGAGAAAAAAUGCGCCCAACUAACAGCAUAUGCCUCGAAGUUGGGAAAUGACUCCGCUAACAUAAAGGCUCGUAUUAAACUAGUUAUGGAAGGGCUAAGAGAGCUGCAGGACAUUGGACCACACAGGGACGAACCUAGACCUCUAUGGUAGAAAAGACUCUACCGCGAUGAUUUGCAAUAUCUGGGAGUUUUACAUGUGAGGUACUAUGUACCUCUGGCUCAUAAAGGAAAGAUCAUCAAAGGGCUCCAGAAAAUCCAUCUGAAACCAAACAACCUGCUUCUCACUUCGUAACAUGCGAUGCCAGCAAUUGUUAUCAUUAAGUUCUAAAUAGAAUAAGAUAGAUGGUUAGUUUUAAGCUUGAUAAAUAAAUAGAGAAAGAUGUUUUACAUCUUGUUGCAAGCAUGGGACAAAGAAAAAACUCUGAGUCCCCAUGAGGAAUUGAACCUCAAACCUUCAGAUUCGACACUUUGAUGCUCUAUUACUGAGCCAAAGACACUCUAUGGUGAGCAAGGCCUAUCAGGAAGUUCAUAUGACACACAUCCUGCAUACUGUAAGGAUCAGUAAUGUCAAUAGUGUUAUGUUUAUAAAUAGAAUAAGAUAGAUGGAUAGAUGUUCUUUGUCCCACAAUUAUGACAAGAUGUAAAAUAUCUUUCUUUAUUUCUUUACUGAGCUUAAAACUUACCAUCUCUCUUAUUCUAUUUACAAACAUGAUGCUAUUGACAUUGCUGAUCCUUGUGGUAUGCAGGAUGCAUGUGAUAUAUGAACUUCAUAAUGGGCCUUGCUCACCAUGUAGGUUCUGUGGCUCAGUGGUAGAGCAUUGCGGCACAGAAUCUGAAGGUCUGAUUCUCAUGGAGACUCAGAAUGUUUUCUUUGUCCAGUGUAGUAGUAGUAGUGUAGUAGCCAUGUUAGAACCCAUGGAAAUUAUAAAAUGUGCAGAGAUUUUGAUCCCUUACCUUAUAGAUGCACGGUAGUAUUAUCACAACCCACUGAUAGGUAUGGAAAUAUAGUUUUCUUCUUUGGCUAGUAGUUUGGACAGUGUCUAUAGUGUGUGGUAUGUUCAAACAGAGGUAUUCUCUCUUACUUCAUCCUGAAAAUCCACUUAAGAACACAUAUCACAAUUUCUAUUUUCUUAAAACCCUAUAUUUGAUUAUGAAUAUAACAAGAAUAAAAAAAGGAAACUAAACUUGGUUGAAGAUAAUCCAGAUAAAGUCACAAAUAAUGUAGUUUUAAUUUCUUCCUUAACGCAGCUGAAUAAUCUUAUUUAUAAUUUUCUUGAAUUACUUUGGUUUAGUGAAAUUGUUUCCCCAAAGUUGAAAUCUCCAUUAGGGUUAAAUUUCUUGUCCCAUAAUCACUUUGUUACUAUGAACACAUUUAGAUGGUCCAACAGUGGUGGUAUGAACCCAUAAUUCUUAGAAAUGGUUAAAAUCUUACCUCUACCUACAAUAUUGAAUUACACAGGAAACAAGAAGAGGGAUAAACAUACUUAUCCCCUUAAAUGUAUUGUCUUGAUGUAAAAGCCAAGCAUUUAUACCAGACUUGCUGAUUCAUACUGGCAAUAUAUAUAUUAAGAACUAAUAGGGAAAGUUGCAAAUUGGAUCUUGGCAGAUUUAGAAUAACCCUGGGUACACUUUACUGUUUGUCAACAGUUGUAUUUGUUUCCAUACAUUCCUAGGUGGAAACAUUUUAUUUAAGUUAGAAGAAGCUGUAAACUGUAAUGCCAGAAAAGAAAGAAAACAACUGGACAAAAAUAAAAAUAAAAAAUUAUACUGGGUUAACUAGAAAACUUCAGACCACUCAGUGGAGUU